GGCUUCCGUGUGUGGCUGCAAAUACGACGCAUGUCGCGGAGUGCGAACGAGAUGCAUCGGAUGGGAGAGCUUCAGCUUAAACAAAGGACGGAGAGUGUGUGGCUGCCAUCUCCAUCUCCCUCUUCGAUCACACGGACAGGGUGUGGAGGAUCCAGUCCGGUAAGCUCCGGCCGACCGGCCGGCCGUCGUCGUAUGCCAGGCAUGAGAUAGCCAAGGCCCUUUGCUCAUGAUCUUCAGACGCUUGAUGAUCUUUUUCAUUCAGUUCGUGGCGCUGAUGCCUCUAUUUAAUUAGUUGCCAGUAUAUUUGAUCUGGAAGUAUAGUAGAGCGAGUGCGGCCGGACUGGUCGUUACGUUCGCCGGCGAUGGACGCGGAGGAGCUCCUGAAGAGGAUACGGGAGCUGGAGGAGGGCCAGGCGGAGCUCAAGCGGGAGGUGUCCGACCUCGUGACGGCGACGGAGCACCGCGCCAAGCAGCAACCUGCUGCUGCUGUGCCGACGGCGUCGCGCCGGGAGCUCAGGCGGGACGUGUCCAAGCAUCAGCUCCUCCUGCCGCCGCCGGAGCGCCGCGGCGCGCCCAGCUCCUCUUCACGGCGCCGCCUCCCGCCGCCGCCGCCGCCCGUGGGCCGCACCGGGCUGUCCCGCAGGCACCACGCCAUGGUCCUGCAGUCUCUGGGGCAGGCCGUGCACAUCCUAGAUCUCCAGGGGAAUGUCAUCUACUGGAACCGAUGUGCCGAGCAUCUGUAUGGGUACCCUGCAUCAGAAGCAAUCGGUCGCAAUGUCACGGACCUGCUGGUGCAUGCUGACGACAUUGGCCCAUCAACCAACAUCAUCGGGAGCAUAUUCGCAGGGAAAUGCUGGAGAGGGAAGUUUCCUGUCAAGAACAAGUCAGGGGAGAGGUUUUCGAUUCUCACCAAUGGCACUCCUCUGUAUGAUGAUGAUGGCACCAUGCAUGAUCGGCCUCGUCUGUCUCUCAGAUGAUACACGGAAGCUGCAGCAGAUCGUUGGCUUUUCACCGACCUCGGGAUACUAUUAUUAACCAAUGAAUUAAUUUCUUUUACAUGUUUGUAAACAUGAUUUCGCCGGGUAAUCUUUUUUAGAACAUGGGUGGAGUCUCUUGUGCAAUCUUUUAUUUUGUUCCUUUCUUUA